GCAUGGGGGAGUGUUUACAGGAUGUUAUCUGUGUCAGUCUCUGUGGAGUGGGUUCUGGUGGAAUGCUGGAACGGGAUGGAGGAGGAAUUUCAAAAGGAGGAGUGACGAGAGACAGGCACAGAGAAAGGGUGAGAGAAAGAGAGAGAGGGAGAGAGAGUAUAAAUAAAUCCCAAGGAAGCUGGUGCUCACAGGCGCAGCUGGACUUCUGGAUAACUGGACUGCAGCCCACUGGAAUAUUUAGCCAAAAAGGAGAUCAGAUAAACUGCAUUUGUCGCCUGGUUAAAAGCUCCAGAACAGGUGAGCCAUUAGUCUGAUAAUCAAGAUGUUUCAUUAUACCACAGAAUAUGCAGAAUGUGAAGAAAUUAUCUUUUUUUUUUUACAUUUGUUAAUAUUAUAUACAUAAAUGAUGCUUUUGGUGCAAUAUAUUAAAGCUGGACAAACCAAGUACAAUCAGAAUUAUAUGUAUAAUUCACUUUAAUUUGUAAUAAACAACAGAAUAAGGCAGUCUUUGUCAUCUGGUCAUCAUUAAUCUGAGAUUUAAUCCCAUUCUUGGGAUCUAAACCUCAUUAAAAACAUGAUUAUAUGUAAUUUGUUCCUUACUUUUAGGCAUUAGCAGUAAAGUAGCCAUUUUAUCUAGGUUGAGGAGCAACACCCUUUUUUCACCAGCCUAGUUGCUAGUGAGGCAGGGUGUGCCUCUUCCCUGUAACAUGAGAGCCACAUGACCAAUAGGAAGACAAACAGGCUGGAGUUUAGAUUUCUUCCGCAAACUUUAAGAGGUUGUGCAGUUUUUCUAGAAGACUGAGGAGACAGGCUGCAGUUUGAAGACGUUUACAGAGCCGACAGUUUGAGACACCAGCCAACGAUGGCGAAUCCGUUACAGAAGCUUGUGGUGGAGAAGAAGGACAUGGUGGAGACGGUGAUGGAGGUGUUCGAACAGGGAGCCGAAGUGGUGGCCAGCAUCGCCGGAGACCUCUUCCCCGUGUUCUCCAUCGCUGCUCCCAUUGUCAAGCUGGCUCUGGACAACGUGGAGAGCAAAGAGGCGGCCUUCAUGAAGGAGCAGUUCCAGAAGGUCCGAGACCGCCUGGAGGUGGCCUCCGAGGAGCUGCAGCGGAUCAACGACGAGAUCAAGAAGAGUGGGAUAGACGCUGCCUACUUCUCUGUGGAGGAAAACAUCACCAACCAGUUCAGGAAGUACAUGGACAUCCUCAACGCCAAGGCGAAGUUCAGAGAGGUGAAGAAGAAGCUUUUCCUGGAACAUUUCGCCAAAACCGGUGGAGAAAAGAACCUGCACAUCCUCUACAACGCUGUGACCGGAGAAAAUUUCUCCGGGGAGCCGAUCCUUGAGAUCAUCCAGAACUACGAGGAGAAAAGCCGCCGACCGAUGGAGGACUUUUGUGCUCGGCUGAAGAAGCUCUUCUGUGUGGGGCUCAUUGCGCUUUUGGGGCACGCUGCCCUGAAAGGCUACGACGAAGAUGAGGCUCUUCUGAAAGAGUGGGGGGAAAAUAUGAACAAAGUCCAAGCCAAAAUGAACGCCGUCAUCGAAGACUGCAUCGUUAGCUUCCCUAAGCAGGCCGAACAGGACUCCCGCUGUCUGGUGAGAGACCAGGAGGGCUUAACCAACCAGCAGCUAGCCGACGCUAUCAUCGAGAAGCUAAAGAAGAAGUACGACUGGGUGGGCUGGUCCGUGCGCAUCUUCAGGUCUCCCACUGGCCUGUUCACCAACAAGAAGGACUACCAGUGCGCCACCGGGAAGAGCCGCUUCCAGGUUCCCACGUCGGACGAGAAACUGAACGUCUGGGUGUCGUUCAGCUCCUCGCCUGAGCCCGUGGAUAAGAGCCACAUCCAGCAGCUGAUCCAGAGUCAGAAGAAGCCCACCGUGGUGGGUGUAGCUGAGUUCCUGUUCGAGAAGCUGCCAGGCAACUGCGUCGUCCACACUAUCAAAACCAGCAAAGACCUGGGCUGCUCCUGGAGCUUUGAGGACGACCUUCACUACUGGGAGGAGCACAAGAACUUCUACGUCUGCGUUCAUUCAGCCUGAAGAUUUAGAGAAAUCUCUGUUUGCACAAAUCAUAGCGCCAUGCUGCUCCGCCGUCCUCUGACCUUACAAAUAUUCCUCAGAAUGUGCCUUUAGAUAUUAUAAAGUUGAGAGUGUUUAUGGGGUGUAGGUAUCUAAUGUGAUCUGAGUGAAGCUAACAGCUAUCAGAGCAAAGCCAUUCAACAAGGGAGACAUUAAAGACUCAAAUUUCAAAGGUUUAUGAUAUUUAACCAACUGCAUCCAUGUAACUGCAGCUUUUCCAAUCCCAAAACAAAAAUAAAACGGUAAAAAUAAGCAAAUUUAUUUAUCCAUAUAAAUUUGCAUUGUUCAACAGAAGUGUUUAGAAAAAGCUCCAUGAACAUUGUUGAGUUAAUAAAUUAAUAAAUUACACAAUCAUCUUCUGUAAGCGCAAAUUUUCGGAGCAAGUUCAGUUUUAUUGUUUUUGUCCGUUUUUAUUUGCUUGCUGUGUCUAUGUGUAGCUGUUAGCGUUACUCACUGACUGGUGUCCUGAAAACAAGUCAGUACUCUAAAAAAGUUUUUUAUAAAAAGUUUUAUUCCUUUCUUGUACCUUCAAUUGUGAAAAAAACAAAAACACAUCUCCUAAUGCCUUUUUCAGAACAAAUUGUUGAGGUACACUCUGAUGUGAGUUUCAUAAUAAUAUUCCUCUUCUUCAGAAGAUUUUGGCAGGAUUUAAUGUUUCAACCUGGACAUGUUUAAUUAGAAAGAGAAAAUUGUUAUGGCUGUUCUGGUGCUGAUGCAGCUGAGCUCACCCUAAACGGGCCGAUGUAUCCAAACCACAGAAAACUAGAAACCCUCCGUUUGAUUUCACUUUUAGUUCUUUUUUGGCCUAAAAGAAAAUGACGCAUUGUUUCAUUUUCUGUCCACUCAUCAGCACUGAUGCUCCUGCAGCAGCUUCUGUCGGCUUUCAGUGCCUCAAACAUCUCCAAGCUUCUUCCUGCGUUUUGUGAACCUGAAAUUCACUUUUCAAAGGUUUAGUUGAAUUUUUGAUUCAUUUUGGGUUUGGGGAUUUUUUGUUUUUAUCAAAAUGUUUCUAAUCUGACAUUCAUGUUCACACUACCUGCUGACAAUGCAGUCAUAUUCAAUAGAUUAUAAGCUGCUUGAAAGGAUCAAGCAUAGUUUUUAUUAAUUAAGCCCAUAUUUCUGUUUUAAAAUGUUUUUUUUUUCAUCUAUUCCCCCAAAUGUUUGUUUUCUUUGUUUUAUCUGUAAACAGAAAACCAUCAUAAUUAACAGAAGGCUUAAAAAUAUCAGUCUGUGUGGAAUUUAUCUAUAUGAUGUCUCACGUUUGGUGAAUUUAUUAAUGAAACUAAUGAGCUUUUAAAAAUAUCCAGAUUUGUUGAAUCUGACUGUAUAAUGCACUGACUUCAUAGUUGUGGGUUUUCUGCUCUUAUGUCAUCGUUACGUUUCUUCUUUUUCAAUUGAUAUAAAAAUCAAUAACACAUUUUUACACACAGUUUUAUUUUACACUUUCUAUUGAUAUGGUUCCCUGUAACCAACAAAAUAAAUAAAUAUUGAUUAAAUGCA